UUUCACUAAUAUUUCAAUAAAAAUUAAAGUUUACAUUCUAAGAAUAUCUUUACCACAGUGAUAAGCCCAACAACUCCAUAACAGUAAUCCGAUAAAUAUCCGAUUCCAUAUCCGUGAUAUUUUGAGCUUAUGAAGCUUCCUCAUCAAAUCGAUAAAGAGGCGUACAUUUUAGGAGAUUGCUCUAGAUACCCUCCUAACAAACCACCCCUUAUUAAUCUUUUUUGAACGGAUCGUUUCUGAUAUUCAUCUCAAAAUUAGCAAUAAUUUAGGAAAAUCCUAAAAAUAUUCCAUUCUAUUUGUAGACAUAAUAAACAGUGAAGUAGAUCCUUCUCUUUCUUCUUCCUUUAAACCCCACUUAAUUUCUCCUCGACAUUCCCCCCAAAACAUACACCUUCCUAUUUAAUACUCCCCUUUAAUUCAUAUUUACACCAAUAAAUUUCCAGCUCUUUUUUCAAUAACCCCAGAAUUCUCUCUCUUCUUUCUCUCUCUAAUGGAGGAUUUCGGCCUUUUUGAACCCGACCCGCUUCUGAAAUCCGGAGCUUUCAUUGAUCCGAACCCGAUUCCUUCAAAUGGGUUUAUCCCUCCAACCGUUGAUCCGGUUGCGGUGGAAUCUCCGGCGCAGAUUCCCGAUGAGAAGGGCGGAGGAGUAACUUCGAAUGGGAGUAAGAAGAAAUCCGGUAAAAAAACUGCUGCGGGGAAUGAAUCUCAGCCAUCCGAUUGUACUAUUUUGCCGAAUCCUGAUUGGUUGCCUUCUGGUUGGGAGGUUCAAGAGCGCGUUAGGAAUUCCGGUGCUUCUAAAGGUUCUCGCGAUAAGUACUAUAUAGAGAAAGCGACAAAGCAAAGGCUCAGGUCAAAGAAGGAAGUGCUCCACUUUAUCCAAACAGGAAGUUCCAUGAAGAGAAAGAAUAAAACAGAUGAUGCUAAUGGUUCGCCUGUACCUGACUCUGCCACCCCUAAGCGGAAGAAGGCUGAGUCAAAGGCAAAAGUUUCUUGGAAGAACUUCAAUUUUCAUGAUGCCCCGGCGAAGGUGAAAUGGGUCUUGUCAGAUAUCUAUGAAGGGACGUGGAGGCCCUUGACCAAUAGCGUUGAGAGGGUUCCUGAAUCUGCCAAGCAAGAAUGGAGUGCAGCUUUUGCUUACCUCUCUUUACCAAAUGGUAGCAACGGAGCAUUAUUCUGAGAGUUUUCUCUCUCGAUUGUGGGGUUAAAAAGGCUAGUUAAACAUACUAACAAACCACAGAAGUGAACCAUUUUUAUAUAGUGUGAUAGUGUCUUUCCCUUUGCUUCUUUUUGAGCUGAAUUUUUGUGAAUAAUCUUAACAUUCAUGGUGCAUGGUUCUUUUGACCAAUAGGACUAGUUAGAUUGAAAUUUAGCUAGUUUUCUUUUGUUAAUAGAACAUAGUAAUUUGAGUUUCCUGCAUUUUGAAGUUACAGAGCCUUGGUUCUUAAUGUUCUUUUUAUGUUUCUUUA